AUGGCCUCAGUCAACGACAGGGUUUGGCGACUAACCUGUCUUUCAGAGCCGCUCGUCACGGUCAGCGGAGGUCUUGAUAGGGAGCUAAAUCAACGAUUCCCUCGACACUGUUCUGCUCUCAACGACGGGCGCGUCAAGGUUGCAAGCAAGCGCAACAAGGACACCGUCCGCUUGCGAAAACCAGCAACUUGUCUUGACAUCAACAGAAUACUGACAGACCUGUUGCCGUCUACAUACCAAGAUGUCACGCGCAACGAUUUCAAGCCAGGACAAGGUGCGACAAUGCCAACGAUAACAAGCGAGUCGGGAAAGUGGGUCUUUUAUGAGGUCAGUUGUCGGGAUCAAAGGCAGGGAACGCGACACUCACCACCUCAACGUGCUCGCCAUGGAGUCUGCAAACCAGGUCCAACGCCAAGCUCGUUGUCGCUGGCUGAAAAUGAAGGUGAGGUUCUUUUGGUCAGAGUACUUACCUUGUCAAAGACGAUCGCGACAACGUCGGGCAGGGGUGGGAGGCGGAGCUAA